AUGUCUGCAGCAGGAAUUCCACAAAUCGCGGUCGUGAUGGGAUCUUGCACAGCAGGUGGAGCUUACGUUCCUUCUAUGGCUGAUGAAAGUAUUAUUGUUGGCAAACAAGGAACAAUUUUUUUAGCUGGUCCACCCUUGGUUAAAGCAGCAACUGGUGAGAAUAUCACCGCAGAAGAACUUGGGGGAGCCGACUUACAUUGUCGAACUUCCGGCGUAACUGAUUAUUACGCUACAAAUGAUGAGCACGCACUUCAGCUUGCAAGAAAUGUUGUUAGCUCACUUAAUUGGACAAAAAAACCAAACAUUACGAUGAGAACACCAGAAGAACCUUUAUAUUCUGUAUCAGAGAUUGGUGGUAUUGUGGGCGAUAACCUGCGUAAAUCAUUUGAUGUCAAGAAUGUAAUUUCACGAAUUGUUGAUGGGAGUCGAUUUAAUGAAUUUAAAGAAUUAUAUGGAACAACAUUAAAUAUUACAGGUUUCAUGGUAGGAUCAUCGGCAGAAGCUGGUGGUAUUGCCAAGAAUGGUGCAAAGAUGGUUACUGCAGUAUCAUGUGCAAAAGUACCAAAACUAUCAAUAAUUAUUGGUGGCAGUUUCGGAGCUGGUAAUUAUGGUAUGUGUGGAAGGGCAUACAGUCCACGAUUUUUAUGGAUGUGGCCGAACGCUCGUAUAUCAGUCAUGGGUGGUGAACAAGCAGCAAGUGUUUUGGCACAAAUUAAACGAGAAUCAAAAGUUAAAAAAGGGGAGGAAUGGUCAACGCAAGAAGAAGAAGAAUUUAAAAAUCCAAUUCGUGCUAGGUAUGAACAUGAAGGGCAUCCAUACUUUUCAUCAUCACGUCUUUGGGAUGAUGGAGUUAUUAAUCCAGCGGAUACACGUAAGGUUCUUGGAUUAGCACUUAGUGCUGCUCUAAAUGCACCAAUUGAAAAAACACAAUUUGGAGUAUUUAGAAUGUAA